AUGGUAUUCAACCCAUUAGGAGUACCUUCCCGAAUGAAUGUAGGACAAAUAUUUGAAUCUUCACUCGAGUUAGCUGGGGGUUUGCUAGACAAACAUUAUCGAAUAACGCCUUUUGAUGAGAGAUAUGAACAAGAAGCUUCGAGAAAACUAGUGUUUUCAGAAUUUUAUGAAGCCAGAAAGCCUUAUAUCAUGAAAUUUAUUCAUCAAGUUGAUGAUAAAAUCCAUAGGCGUUCUAGUGGGCGUUAUUCACGUCUUACACAACAACCCCUUAAAGGAAGGGCCAAGAAAGGGGGACAUCGGGUCGUAGAAAUGGAGGUUUGGGCUUUAGAGGGGUUUGACAUUUCGUAUAUUUUACAAGAGAUGCUUACUUAUAAAUCUGAUCAUAUUAGAGCACGUCAGGAAGUACUUGGUACUAUAAUCUUUGGAGGAAGAAUACCAACUCCUGAAGAUUCUCCAGAAUCUUUUCGGUUGUUCGUUCGAGAACUACGAUCAUUAGCUCUGGAACUGAAUCAUUUUCUUGUAUAUGAGAAGACUUUCCAGCUUAAUAGGAAGGAAGCUUAA